AUGGCGACUUCGGAAAAGCUGGCUCAAAUUGCCACCAACAUUGUGUUGGAGAAGGCAGCGAAGGACAAGUUGGCUGCUGCUGCUGCGCAGCAGAAGCUGCAGCAGCAGCAGCAGCAAAGGACAGCCUCCAACUUAUCCGCGGUUGAAUCCGGUAAGCUUUGCGCAGCACAUGCACGACAGCAGCAGCAACAGCAGCAGCAGCAGCAACAGCAGCAGCAGCAGCAGCAGCAGCAGCAGUUGCUGCUGCGGACUUCUUGCUGCAGAGGAAGCGGAGGGAAAGGGCCUCGACGAUUUGUCUCACUGGCGUGA